UUGAUAUAUCGAAUACACCGACCAUACGACUAGUUGCAUGGAAAUCACUGUAACACAAAAAUAGAAAAACCCGGUAUUAUAAUUCAUAUCUUUCUUACUAGUUAUAUUAUUUGAAUUGUUUCUACUGUAUUGUCCAGCAUUAUGAAGCUUCUUUGCAUUUUAAUAACGAUUACCUUUGUAAACGUUUCGCCGAUAAUGACAGAUGAAUAUGCAAAUACGGUUAGCAAAACAAACAAACACAUUAAAAAGGCUUGGGGUACAAAUCCUGAUGGACUGGAAACUGCAAUUUUAAAUAUUAUUAACGGAAAUAAAAAGUUCGACACUCUUAAUUUGAUGUUAGUUAUACCGGAUAAAGCAAAUUUUAGAUUCACAAUUGAGCAUGACGAGGCAUUUAUUAUAAACUUACCAGAAAAUAUUGCCAUAGCUGAUCAGAAGGCAGUACAAGAAGCCAUAACCCAAGUUACAAAUAUCCCUGUGCCUAAUAACGACCCCAACGAAAAUUAUGAGAAUGAUCGUCACACAUUGACUUGGCUUGGAGAAGAAAGACGAAUAAUAAUGGGAUUUGUUACACUUACGUUACUUGAAGAUGCAAUAGAUAAAGGAACACCAGGAUUCACCAACCUUAAGGAAAUAUGUAUUCUAAUAGGUCUGCUCCGAAGUAUACAAUUCCCAGAUUCGUAUAUAAAAACCGCUCGUGUUGAUCAAGAUGAUAAUGUUUGUAUGUUAACUUCACAAAAUGGCAGAUUCCAUUACAAACCUCAUGACGGCUAUAUUGCUGUGGUAAGGCCAAUGGGUCGUCCUAUUCAUAAUGAAUAUGAGGACGUUUUGGAUGAGUUAAUGACAUGGUUCUCGUAAAAUAGACACUCAAUCAUAGUUAGCUUUUAAAAACUUAAUCACAUCUACUGUUUUUAUUUUACUUCAAUAACAUUUAUAUGUCGCACUUGUAU